CCGUUAUGUUAGAUUUUACUAAGAAGUCAGCUAGCAUUUUUCAACAUUCCCUUCUGUGCUUUGUUUUUAAAGAAAGCUCUGAUUUUGUUUCAUUUUCAGCUGGAGACUUAAAUGACACCAAGCAAAGCCUACUUAGUUUAGAUAUCCAGAAAUUGGUUCAUGAAAAGUCAAACAUGAAGUUUGCAGCUUUCUUCUGUUUUGUUUUACUUAUCAUUUUUCAAACUGACUUUGGGCAAAAUGAAGAAGCUCCUAGGAAGCAGAGGAGGAAGAUGUAUCACAGAAGAUUCAGGAAAAGUUCAACCUCACCCAAGCAUAGAUCAAACAGACAGCUUGGAAUUCCCCAAACAACAAUUGUGACACCAGUAGCAAGAUUUCCAAUAGUUAACUCUGAUUAUGGUGUGGAGGAAAACUUUGAAUCCUUUUCAAAUUUUCUUGGAGUAGAAUCAAGCUACAAUGUGUUACCAGGAAAGAAGGGACACUGCUUGGUAAAGGGCAUAACCAUGUACAACAAAGCCGUAUGGUCUCCUGAUCCCUGCUCUACCUGCCUCUGCUCAGAUGGAAGAGUGCUUUGUGAUGAAACCAUAUGCCACCCCCAGACAUGCCCGCAAACAAUUAUACCAGAAGGAGAAUGCUGCCCAGUCUGUUCUGAUACUGUCUCCUAUUCUCUACUCAGUGGUAUAGUAAUAAAUGACAGAACUGAAUUUUCUGGUGAUUCUUCAGAGCAAAGAGAACCUACCAAUUUACUUCAUAAGCAACUACCACCUCCUCAGGUGGAAAUGGACCAAGUAUUAAGAAAGGAAGUGCUUCAAUCUGAGGAGGAUGAAGAAGAAAUUAAAGAAGAUACAGAGCGAAAGGAAGAAACCCCUGGACCAAGAGAUCGGGGGAAACUUCACAAUGAGGCAGAUAGCAGAGGAGGAAAGAGAAAGAAGAGGCCUGGAGAGGUGGGGAGGCCAGCACAUCAACAACAGAAAAGAAGGGAGGAGGAAGAGGAGGAUGAAGAAGAGGAGGAGGAAGACCCCGUAAGAGGAGAUAUGUUCAGAGUACCCUCCCGAUUCCCAGUUCCUGCUCCCCCCAGGUGCACGACUCGCCUGCCAAGUGGCUGCUCUCUGUCAUACAAGACCAUCAGCUGUAUUGAUGUCAUCCUCACCCAGAUACCACCACUGACAGCUCCAGAGAUAACAAGUCUGGAGCUUGUUGGAAAUUCCAUAGCUUCCAUCCCAGAUGAAGCUUUUAAUGGAUUGCCAAAUUUGGAAAGGCUUGAUCUGAGCAAAAAUAUUAUCUCUUCUUCCGGCAUAGGCCCAAAAGUAUUCAAGCUUCUGAAGAAGUUAAUGCGUCUGAAUAUGGAUGGAAAUAAUUUGACACAGAUUCCUUCAGGAUUACCAUCUACAUUAGAAGAACUUAAAAUCAAUGAUAACAAUCUUCAGGCUAUGGAUGAAGAAAGUUUAGCAGACUUAAAUCAGUUAGUCACCUUAGAAUUGGAAGGAAACAAUCUCAGCGAAGCCAAUGUCAAUCCCUUAGCUUUCAAGCCUUUGAAGAGCCUAUUGUACCUGCGUUUGGGAAAAAAUAAAUUUAGAAUUAUACCACAGGGUCUUCCUUCUUCUAUUGAGGAAUUAUACCUAGAAAAUAAUCAAAUUGAAGAAAUAACUGAAAUUUGUUUCAAUCACACCAGAAAAAUCAAUGUCAUUGUACUACGCUAUAACAAAAUUGAAGAAAACAGGAUUGCUCCUUUAGCUUGGAUAAAUCAAGAAAAUCUAGAAUCCAUUGACCUCUCCUACAACAAGCUCUACCACGUCCCCUCCUAUCUACCCAAGUCCUUGCUACAUCUCGUGCUCAUUGGGAACCAGAUUGAUCGGAUUCCUGGCUAUGUGUUUGGCCAUAUGGAGCCAGGCUUGGAAUACCUGUACCUGUCAUUUAACAAACUCACUGAUGAUGGUGUUGAUUGUGUCUCAUUCUACGGGGCAUAUCAUUCUCUGAGGGAAUUAUUUCUGGAUCACAAUGACUUAAAAUCUAUACCACCUGGGAUACAAGAAAUGAAAGCACUACAUUUUCUGAGGCUGAACAACAACAAGAUACGGAAUAUUCUUCCAGAGCAAAUUUGCAAUGCUGAAGAGGAUGGUGAGUCAACUCUGGAACAUCUUCAUCUUGAAAACAAUUAUAUUAAAACUAGAGAAAUACCAUCCUAUGCAUUUUCAUGCAUAAGCUCAUAUUCGAGUAUUGUUCUUAAACCACAAAACAUCAAGUAAUUCUAAGUUUUCCUUUGUCAUUUAUAAAUUUUACUCACGUGUUUGUAGUAGUUACAUUUGUCAUCAAUAAGAGAAACAGAAUCCUCAUGUCAUACUCAGUAUCACUAUGCUAGUCAACCUGAUUAGCCAAUCCAUAAUGCAACCAAAAAUAUAACUAAGAGGAGUUUUAGUAAAGGUAAAAGACAGUUUCCCACCUCUAGAAAGAAGCCGUCUCAUUAAAAUAGGAUGCUAUGCAGGCCGAGCUAGAUUAGCAGAAUCUGAAGCAAAAUAAACAUGUCCUUUACAAUCAACCUGAGUAUUACAAUUAGCUAACUCCCAAGUCCCUUCAAAAAUUAAAUAUGUUAUAAUUUAAGAUCAAGACUCAUAAAGGCAGGAAAAAGAAAAAGCAGGUAGAAUUAGUGUUAAUUAUAUUAAAACAAUAAUUUAUUAAUUUUCCAUAUGACCCUGUGCUAUAAUUACUGGUAUCAAUAUAUCUAAAUAUUGAGUUAGCUUUAAUUCCUUCUAAAAAUUAUAUGUGUGAAAGUAAAACACGAUUGUGAUGUAAUGUUAAUUUCUUUGUUUUGAUACUGUACUAUGAUUAUGUGCAUUGUUAACGUUAAAGGAAAAUGGCAGAAGGGACUACAUGAAUUCUAUACUAUUUUUGAAACUUUUCUGCAUUUCUAAAAUUUUUUAAGUUAAAAAACAGUAUUUUAAAAUCACCUCUUAAGAUCAGAACUGUUUGCAGCUGUUCUCAACCUGUGGGUCGCGACCCACAGGAACUGUAUUAAGGGGCCAUGGCAUUAGGAAGGUUGAGAAUCACUGUUUAUAGAAAGCAGUGGAGUCUAGUUAAAAUAUAAAUUAAAGCCAGGCUUGGUGGCUCUGCCCAUAAUCCUGGCACUUGAGAGGUCAAAGCGGGAUGAUUGAGGCCAGGAGUUUGAGACCAGACUGAGCAUCUCUACAGAAAAUUUAGAAAAUUAAUAGGGUAUGUUGGCACGUAUUUGUAGUACCAGCAUGUGGGAGGCUGAGGAAGGAUGACUUGAACUAAGGAGUUUGAGGCUUCGGUGAGCUAGGAUGGCACCACUAUACUCAAGCUUGGGUAACAGAGUGAAGCCUAAUUAAAACAAGCAAAACCCCCAAACUGAUUAGUCUAGACUACACCCUUGUAAAGGAAAAUCUAGUGCAUAAAUUUUUGAAAAAUUUUGCUCCACUGGUUGGCAUCUAUCUCCUUUUCUGUAAUAUGCUGAAAUGUAUCUUUUAUUCAAUUCAAAUGAACAUAAAGCUAUUAGUGUUUACUAUGUAGUAGGCUCUACCAAAACUAUACAUUAAAAUUUUUAUAACAUGAAUACCUUUUAUCUUUGCAUUGCUAAAAUAAUUUAUAAAACACAUGUAGAAAGUAUGUUGACUUCUUUUGUUAACUCAGUUUUGGUGUCUUGAAAAAUAUACCAGGCUAGGAACUUGGCCCUCUGGGCAGGUUAUUCUC